AUGCGUGUCUCCGCCUUCGUUCUCGCUUUCACCUCCAUCGUGUCUCUGAGUGCAGCCCAGAGUGCUAUUGUCCAGGAUGACAGAAUCAACAUGUCCUGCGACUUCGCGCAGGACAAGUCCGGCAUGCUGCAGUACCCGUACUGCUGCCGCGACAUGAAGCCUCUGAGAGGAAACUCCAAGGGCAACGAGGCCCUGGACUGCGACCUGUUGACAAAGCCUCAGCUGUGUGAGGACCAAUCCCGACCUGCUUGCUGCUACACUAUCGGCCCGAAGAAGAUCUGUACCUCGCACGUCGUUUUCCAGAACGCGGAGGACGUCUAG